GAUCAUUGCAUUUACCGAGCUUUUAGUUCGAAAUCCUCUAACCGGAAGUAACAAUUUCCAGCUUCCGGGGGUUCAUUUCGAAGAGCGAUGGGUCAGAGUCAGAGCGGCGGUCACGGACCAGGAGGGGGGAAGAAGGACGACAAGGACAAGAAAAAGAAGUAUGAGCCGCCCAUUCCCACCAGAGUUGGAAAAAGGAAGAAGAAGACGAAAGGACCAGACGCUGCUAGCAAGCUGCCUUUGGUGACCCCUCACACACAGUGCAGGCUGAAGCUGCUGAAGCAGGAGAGGAUCAAAGACUACCUGCUAAUGGAGGAGGAGUUCAUCCGAAACCAGGAGCAGAUGAAGCCCUUAGAAGAGAAGCAGGAGGAGGAGAGGUCGAAGGUCGAUGACCUGAGGGGCACCCCAAUGUCUGUGGGGACCCUGGAGGAGAUCAUAGACGACAACCAUGCCAUCGUCUCCACCUCGGUGGGGUCUGAGCAUUAUGUUAGCAUCCUGUCCUUCGUGGACAAGGACCUGCUGGAACCAGGCUGCUCUGUUCUGCUCAACCACAAGGUGCACGCGGUCAUCGGGGUGCUGAUGGACGACACGGACCCGCUGGUCACUGUGAUGAAGGUGGAGAAGGCCCCCCAGGAGACGUACGCGGACAUCGGGGGGUUGGACAACCAGAUUCAGGAAAUCAAGGAGUCCGUGGAGCUUCCCCUCACCCACCCGGAGUACUACGAAGAGAUGGGCAUCAAGCCCCCGAAGGGAGUCAUCUUGUACGGCGCACCUGGCACAGGGAAGACGCUGCUGGCCAAGGCGGUGGCGAACCAGACGUCGGCCACGUUCCUGCGGGUGGUGGGCUCGGAGCUCAUUCAGAAGUACCUGGGCGACGGGCCCAAGCUGGUGCGAGAGCUGUUCCGCGUGGCGGAGGAGCACGCCCCCUCAAUCGUCUUCAUCGACGAAAUUGACGCUAUCGGUACCAAGCGGUAUGACUCAAACUCGGGUGGGGAGCGCGAGAUCCAGAGGACCAUGCUGGAGCUGCUCAACCAGUUGGACGGCUUCGACUCGCGAGGCGACGUCAAGGUCAUCAUGGCCACGAACAGGAUCGAGACCCUGGACCCCGCCCUUAUCCGACCCGGAAGAAUCGACCGGAAGAUUGAGUUCCCCCUGCCAGAUGAGAAGACCAAGCGGCGGAUCUUCCAGAUCCACACCAGCCGCAUGACCGUGGCAACGGAUGUAACGCUGGACGACCUCAUCCUGGCCAAGGACGACCUGUCCGGGGCCGACAUCAAGGCCAUCUGCACAGAGGCGGGGCUUAUGGCUCUGAGAGAACGGCGGAUGAAAGUGACCAACGAGGACUUCAAGAAGAGCAAAGAGAACGUGCUGUACAAGAAGCAGGAGGGCACGCCGGAGGGGCUUUACCUCUAACUCCACUGCCUCAGAGCACGGCGCAGCCGGAGCACGCGCUGACAGUGCUCUGUCCCCAUAAACCUUUUGAUACGUUCUGUGCAUGUUGUUAUGUUUUCUUAAAUCCAUAUUUGGAUGAUGUAAGAAUAAAAAAAAGUUAAAUUCCAGAAA